AGAGACAGGCCGCAGCCUGUUUUAGGUGACGCAAGAUCCGGAGAUGAGGGGCAAACGAGCGCAGUAGUUGAGGCGCCACGUCSGCAGAACCAACAAGAUAAAAAUUAUACUUUUUUUUAGGAAAAGUUUGAAGCCUCGCAAGUACGAUUAUACGUGUGUUGAAAUAGAGGGCAGGGCGUUAUUAGUAAAGAGCAGAUUUUAAUAUAUAUUUUUUAACAACAGUAAGAACUCGGAGGCGGAACAUUGCGAUAGUAUUUCUCAAGGAGACAAACGAGCGCACCAGUUAUUCUUUGUCCCAGGUGCGUUUUUUUGUUGUUGAAGACGUAGCAUUCCCUUCUGCAAGCGGCCAUCGGAAAGUACUGGAAACAUGGUGAAGAAGGUGAAUGCCACCCCAGAGCCCCAGCCUGAAGGUUGUCUCAUUGGAGAAGAACUGGAGCCCACUGAAAAUGACCCCACAUCAGAUAAGGGAAAGGAUGAAGGGAAGGAGCACCCCGUGGCACAGCCAGGCAUGAUCUGGCGGGUUGGGGGUGGCCUGUUCAGCGCCAGUAAAACGAUGGUGGGCGCCACGGUAGGAGGAGUCGCUUGGCUGGGUGGGAAGAGUCUGGAGUACACCAAAUCAGCAGUCACCUCUGUCCCCUCGAUGGGCGUUGGCCUGGUGAAAGGGGUUGCCGGGGGCGUGUCAUCGAUUGCCGGGGGCGUGUCGUCGGUGGGUUCCACUGUAGCCAGCAAAGUUCCGUUCAGAUCCAAGACUAAGGACAAGGCAGAGUGAGGAGGAGAUGAUGAUGGACACAACACACAAUGCAUUGCCCCCCCCGACUGAGCCAUAAGAGGAUGUGAUGAGUUGAGACAAAGCUAGUCACCGUGUUUUCAAAGUUGAAUGGACAUUUAUUUUUCUUCUGUUUGUACAGCACAUUCACUAAGUUAGGGAACUUGUUCAGUAGUGCCUUCUGUAGCCUCCCCUUUUCCUGUGUAUUUUUUUUAAUUUUUUUAUUUUUUUUGUUAUGUUCUCAGUCGGUAACCAUGUUUUUAU